AUGGGCAAACGCCACAACAGAAAGCGAACCAGAAGCCGUCCCAGGAACCGCAAUAAUAACAACAAUAAUCCUAAUGCCAACAACCUGAACAUUAAUACGACACCAAUCCACAUCCGGAGCGAGUCUGUCAGCACCGCCUCUUCAACUCUCUCGCCAACAAGCUCUUGCUUCCAGCCCUCUGGCUGCCCGCUUGCCAACGUGCCAGCAAACCACUGGCAGCAAACCUACACAGCAUGGCAGAUGCGCCUGCGAAUCCAGCGGGAGCAGGAGCAAGAGUUGGAGCUAGAGACGCAGCGACUCCGCAUCUUUGGUGGCUUACCGGAGGAUGAGCGGUGUCUGAUGGAACCCAUGCUCAAGGUCGUCACGGAUCUCUUCGACGGCUUCUACGACUACGAGGACCCUUGA